AUGAUGCUGAUUUCUUUCUUUGAUGUGAAAGGAAUUCUCCACAAAGCAUUUGUUCCUCUUGGUCAAACUGCUAACCAGGCUUUUUUACUUGGAAGCCCUGCAGUGUUUGUGAGACAAGUUUUUCUCUCUUUCCCUUUUCACCAUUUUCUUUUUUCUAUUCUUUCUCUUUUGACCUCAUUUAUGCUUGAUCUCUGUCUUUCUACUUUCCUUAAUUUUACAUUUAUUGCAUCUUACUUUUAUCUUCUUCAUCAUCAUUUCUUUCCUUUCUCUUUCCUUCUUUCUCUCUCCCCUCUCUCUGAUAAUUUUCAUUGUCCUUAUUUUUUCUUUUUAUAUCCUAUAAUAAUCUUUUUCUCUAUUCAAACAUUUUUGUUGUCCUUUCCAUCUUUUCUCUAUUUUCCUUUUCACCUCUUGAUUCUGCUCAUUAUUAUUCAUUAUCUUUUUCUUUCCACUCAGAGUUGCAUUUUCUACCAUCAUUUUUUCUUUUUUUCUUUCAAUUUUUAUUGGUUUUAA